GACGCGUUUCCUAUGCGUCCCUGACAGCCGCCAUUGGCUGGGCCCGGCCUAGAGAACCUUGGUUCGUUGUGUGUGUCAGUUUCCCGUCGCAGUGACUCGAGCUGAAGAGUGCGACCACGUCCGCCUCGAGAGCCGUGGCCGAAGCACCCGCGGCGGGCGCCGCAAACUCAAAAGGGAGGCCAAAGCCGAUGUGACGGCAGAUCCGGGAGUUAGAGGCCACCCGUCUCCCCCGAGUCCCCCGGCUGCCGGCUGAGGGCUUAGUGGAGCCUCACGCGCCCAGUCCCUUCAGCUUCAAGGCGGCGGGACUGUCGAGGCUCUUGUAACCUCACUCCUUCCGGCCCAGACUUGGAGCAGUGUCCUGACCGGAUCGCGCGUGUUGGGAAGGCGGGGCGUGGGAGACGCGAGCCCGGGGCUCCGUGAGGGAAGGAGUCUCCGCGGGUGCUGCGGCCCCGGUCCCUCCCUCCGUGGGGGGCGGGAGGCUCUCCCCUGCGUGGCGGUGGGAGCGGCGGGGAGACCGCUUCCUUCACGUUCCUUUGCCGUCCGGCAGCCCUCGGGUCCUGCCUCCACCCGCGGGACGCACAGAACCGACCGUGGGGAUGGCCACCAGGGUCCGGACGGCGGCCAUCUGGGUGAGUAGCGGUUUUUCUCUCCUUUCCGAAAAGCUCUCCCUGAGCCCCGAGAUGUCCACAUUCCAUCUUAGCAGGGUGGGAGUUGGUCGUGAGCUCCCUCUCCCCCCUCCUCCUCCGAGACACUCCUUUAGAGGGUGUUAGACCGUCCAGAAAUACUUGUCAUCAGACUUAAUUUACAACUUUCAGUCUCUUUUCUGCCAAUUUCGUACCCUAAACUUUGAGCUCAGCAAAGGUUUACCAUUUCUCACCGUCUGUUUCUAAGCUCUUUGGAACUCAUUUGGGAAAUUAGGGCCUCGUUUAUUCCUUUAUUCAACAGUUUUUACUGUCUCAUGUUUGCUGGACCCUGCGGCAGGCGCUAAGAGUGCAAAGAAAAGUUGUUCCUAUCCCUGUUUUGUGAGAGCAGAGGUCUGGUGGGGCCGGUGGACAAGAAACCCUAUAGGGACAAUGACAACUUAAUAGGUUCUCAGAAUAGGCUGCGGAAGUGAUGAGGUUGCGGAAUACAGGUGAGGUUCGGUGGGAUGGAGUCCGGGGCGAGGAUCAAGAAGGAAUUCUUGAGGCGUCUUUGGUGCAAAAUGGUGGCUUAUUAAAGCACGGGAACAGGACUCGUGGGCAGAAAGAGCUGCUGCCCCGGGUUGUGAGGGGUGGCUGAUUAUAUACCAUAGGGUUGGGGGAGGUAAGGAAAAAGGGAGGUUUCAAAGGGAUUUUCAUGUUAAAGAAGAUUCGCAAGAUACUGGAAGCCUUGGAGGCCUUGCCAUUGUCCAGUUAAGUUGUUUUUUCUUUUUAGGUAGGCCUUAACAUGAAGAUAGUUGGGAACUUCCUGGAUUCCUACAAGUAUCUGUCUAUGGGCUGCAGAUUAUAAGGACCUUUAAUGGUAUCUACAUUCCCUUCUGGAAGCUAGGUUCCACCUCUCCAGGAACAAGAGAGUUCAUGCAACAGAGCCAGAGAGCUGCAAGGUCAGGAAUCCAUCCUGGGUCAAGGGACCCCUAACCACAGGCCUCUUCCUGGAGGACCCUGGCAAAGACACAAGAAUCACAGGACAGAGCAGGUUCUAGAGUGGCUGUUUAUUUCCCAGGAGCAGCCAAAAAUGACCCAGUCUCGGGGACCGUUGUCGUUUGUGGAUGUGUGUGUGGACUUCACCUGGGAGGAGUGGCGGCUGCUGGAGCCUGCGCAGAAGCACCUGUACAGGAGCGUGAUGCUGGAGAACUACAGCCACCUGGUGUCCCUUGGGUAUCAAGACAGCAAACCUGACAUCAUCUUCAGGUUGGAACAAGGAGAAGAGCUGUGGAUGAUGCAGGCCCAGAUCCCACGCCAAGCCCCUCCAGAAGAAGUCUGGGAAAUUGAUGAUCAUAUGAAAUGGCAUCAGGAAAAUCAAGACAAGCUGGAAAGUAUGGCAAAAGGCUAUGAAUGUACUACAUUUGGAAAACUAUGUCUUCUAAGUACAAAUUAUGUUUCUUCAGGACAAAAUCUUCAUAAAUACGUCACACGUGGAAUGAGUUUUAAAUAUGAUAUAGAUUUCAAUAGUAAUUAUGCUGGAAAGAAUCCUAAUGAGUUUCAUGCAUAUGAGGAAUCAUUCUACCAUUCUAAACAUGAGCAAACUGUUAUUGGAAUAAAAUACGGUGAAAGUAAUGAAUCUGGAAAAACUGUCAACAAGAAGUCACAACUCAUAUGCCAACAAAUGUAUAUAGGAGGAAAGCCUUUUGAAUGCAGUGUUUGUGGAAAGACCUUCAGCAGCAAGUCAUACCUUGCAGUGCAUCAACGAACUCACGUAGAAGAGAAACCCUACAAAUGUAAGGGAUGUGGGAAAGACUUCAGCAGCAAGUCCUACCUCACUGUCCAUCAGAGAACUCACACAGGAGAGAAACUCCAUGAAUGCAGUGAAUGUGGGAAGUCCUUCAGUUUCAAUUCUCAACUUGUUAUACAUCAGAGAAUCCACACAGGUGAGAGUCCCUAUGAAUGCUGCGAGUGUGGAAGAGUGUUCAGUAGGAAAGACCAGCUUGUUUCACACCAGAGAACUCAUUCAGGACAGAAACCGUAUGGUUGUAAUGAAUGUGGUAAGGCUUUUGGUUUGAAGUCACAACUCAUUAUACAUCAAAGAAUUCAUACAGGAGAGAAACCCUUUGAAUGUACUGAAUGUCAGAAAGCUUUUAAUACAAAGUCAAACCUUAUGGUACAUCAGAGAACCCAUACAGGGGAGAAGCCGUAUGGUUGUAGUGAAUGCGGAAAAGCCUUUACUUUCAAGUCGCAGCUCAUUGUACAUCAGGGCGUUCACACAGGAGUAAAGCCGUAUGGAUGCAUUCAGUGUGGGAAAGCCUUCAGUUUGAAGUCACAGCUCAUUGUGCAUCAGAGAAGUCACACAGGAAUGAAACCUUAUGUAUGCACUGAAUGUGGCAAAGCCUUCAGGAGCAAGUCCUACCUCAUUAUACAUAUGAGAACUCACACAGGAGAGAGACUCCAUGAAUGCAGUGACUGUGGGAAAGCCUUCAGUUUCAAUUCUCAACUCAUUAUACAUCAGAGAAUCCACACAGGAGAGAGUCCAUAUGAAUGCCAUGAAUGUGGGAAAGCCUUCAGUCGGAAAUACCAGCUCAUUUCACACCAGAGAACCCAUGCUGGGGAGAAGCCCUAUGAGUGCACUGACUGUGGGAAAACUUUUGGUUUGAAGUCACAGCUCAUCAUACAUCAGAGAACUCAUACAGGAGAGAAACCCUUUGAAUGCAGUGACUGUAGCAAAGCCUUUAAUACAAAGUCAAACCUUAUUGUACAUCAGAGAACUCAUACAGGGGAGAAACCGUAUGGUUGUAGUGAAUGCGGAAAAGCCUUUACUUUCAAGUCGCAGCUCAUUGUACAUCAGGGAGCACACACUGGGGUAAAACCCUAUGGAUGUAAUCAAUGUGGAAAAGCCUUUAGUUUGAAGUCACAGCUCAUUGUACAUCAGAGAAGUCACACUGGAGUGAAACCCUAUGGAUGCAGUGAAUGUGGAAAAGCCUUCAGGAGCAAGUCCUACCUCAUUAUACACAUGAGAACUCACACAGGAGAGAAACCACAUGAAUGCAAUGAAUGUGGGAAAUCCUUCAGUUUCAAUUCACAACUCAUUGUACAUCAGAGAAUUCACACAGGAGAAAAUCCCUAUGAAUGUAGCGAAUGUGGAAAAGCUUUUAAUAGGAAAGAUCAGCUCAUUUCUCAUCAGAGAACUCACGCAGGGGAAAAACCUUAUGGAUGCAGUGACUGUGGGAAAGCCUUUAGUAGCAAGUCCUAUCUCAUUAUCCACAUGAGAACUCAUUCAGGAGAGAAACCAUAUGAAUGUAACAAUUGUGGGAAGGCCUUCAUUUGGAAGUCACUACUCAUUGUACAUGAGCGAACUCAUGCAGGGGAAAGCCCUUACAAAUGUGGUCAAUGUGAGAAAUCCUUCAGUGGAAAAUUACGGCUCAUUGUACAUCAGAGAAUGCACACGAGAGAGAAACCCUAUGAAUGCAGUGAAUGUGAGAAAGCUUUCGUUAGGAAAUCUCAGCUUAUUGUACAUCAGAGAACUCAUUCGGGGGAGAAACCCUAUGGAUGCAGUGAAUGUGGAAAAACCUUCUCUCAGAAAUCAAUCCUCAGUGCACAUCAGAGGACUCAUACAGGAGAGAAGCCUUGCAAAUGCACUGAAUGUGGGAAAGCCUUUUGUUGGAAGUCACAGCUCAUUAUGCACCAGAGAACUCAUGGAGAUGAAAAACACAUUGAUGAAUUAAAUGUAAGAAACUUUCUUCCAAAAGUCAAUUCAUAGGAAAUGCUAACAAAUUCAUAUAGAAGAGAAACCCUAUAAAUGAAAUCAUCUCGUUGUACACCAGAAAACUAACACUGAAUAGAAACCUGUGAAUGCACAGCAUAUGCGGGGGCGCCCACAGAAAGAUGCUUUUUACACACACACAAAAACCCAGUAAAUGCACACAGGAAUGUGAUGAACUCAGUGAACCCUGUGAAAGUUUUCAGCAGCAAGUCAUACCCUUUUCAAAGUUUGUACAGGUGAGGAACCAUAUCAAUGAAGUGAAUGUUGGGAAGUUAUUUUUUUACUGUCAUAAAAUUUGCAAAGAGGAAGUUUCAUAAAGCAAGUGAAUAUAGAACACAUUCCUUUGAAAUUCACAUUAAACGAUAGAAGUUUUUUAACGGUAGGAUUUUUUUUAACAGGAUUUUAAUGGGAGAAAAUGGAAGCCAAUGAAUGGUAGAAUUACUACAAUUACACAUACUUUAGAUAUCAGAAGCUCAUACCUUGGAGAAACUAUACUAUAAAUUAGGGAAAUUCUUGACUAGGAAAGACAGACUUCUAUUAAAAAUUAAUAAUGUAUAAAUGAAGAUUAAUGAAUGUCAGAUGGGGUAACAAAACCUUCAGUAGAAAGAUUCCCCUCACUGUUAUUUUCAUUAAUUUGGAAAAUAAUUUCCUUUACAAAAUAUUGUGAGGGAAAUUGUGUUCCAUAUGUUCCAAAUUGUUAGGAAAGGAUGGGAGAAAACAUUCAACUAUAAAUGAUAGGCAUGUCUGAAAUGGAAUGUAAAGAUUUUUUUUUAAUUGUGUAAAUAAAUGCAGUCAGGAUAGCCAGAAAUACUUUGUAAGCCUACAGGGAUGUUUAGAUGUUAUCUUCCUUUGUAUUAUAACAUCGUAGCUUCGUGUAGUUUGGCAUCUUGUGAAUGUCACAUAUGAGAGGUGAGUUAGAUACGUGCCAUCGUCCAGGGACUUGUACUUUGCAUAGCAACAUUGUUUUUAACAAAUACAACUUGUUACUAGAAUAAUAUGAUUCAUUAAAAAUACAUUUCAAUACUACA